UAUGGACUCAAUGCCCAAUCUCGCAUAAAGCGGCACGUUGUAGUCGCUUCGGAUGAUCUUACUGACAUCGGGCGUAUUGCUGCGUUGAAGUCCAAGGUGACUACCGCCUUGGUCGCCGACGGUAUUGUGGAAACUCAGAUUCAGUAUGAAGUCUAUCUCAAUCUCCGAUACCAAGGAACUGAUAACUUGCUGAUGGUGCUCGAGCCUGAGCAUGAGGGCUUCAUUGCCGAGUUCAGCAAGGAGCACGAACGCGAGUUCUCUUUCACUUUCCCGGGCCGCAACAUUCUUGUUGAAGAUAUUCGGGUCCGUGGUGUUGGAAAGGCAACCUCGAUUGCGCCAGAGACGCCUCCGCAAGAGCUCAAAUCGGUGACGACACAGUCUAUUGACUCCGAGAAACAGGAUGAUUCAUCUUCCGUGUACUAUUCUGGCGUCGGCGAGAUCACCACGCCAGUCUUUUUCCUGAACAACUUGCAACCAGGAUACGUUAUCAAAGGGCCUGCGACGAUUAUCGACAAUACACAGACAAUCGUCGUUGGGCCAAAGUCUAAAGCCACAAUCCUGUCGCGGCAUGUAAUCUUGCAUGUCGAGUCUUCGAAAAAGCAGACUGCCGACGCAACAGUCGUCGAUCCUAUCAGAUUGAGCAUGUUUGGUCACCGGUUCAUGUCUGUGGCUGAUCAGAUGAGCCGUAUGUUCCAAAAGACUUUAGUAUCAACAAAUAUCAAGGAGAGGCUAGACUUUUCCUGUGCAGUGUUCUCUCCUGAUGGAAAGUUGGUUGCGAAUGCGCCCAACGUGCCGGUGCAUCUUGGUAGCAUGGAAUAUGCUGUCCGAUAUCAGCAUGAACAGUAUGGAGACAGUUUGAAACCAGGAGAUCACAUUCUGACCAAUCAUCCUCUUGCUGGCGGUACCCAUCUCCCUGAUAUUACCAUCAUCACUCCAGUCUGGAACCACGAGGGCAAGCGAAUUGUGUUCUAUGUUGCCCCUCGGGGUCAUCACGCUGAAAUCGGUGGCAUAGCCCCAGGUUCAAUGCCUUCAAACAGCAAGAUGCUGUAUGAAGAAGGUGCCAUGACCAUGGGAUUCAAGGUUGUAUCAGAGGACCGCUUUGGGGAGGAAAUUGUCCGCAAGUUCCUCUAUAAUGAACCUGCCUCAUACCCUAGCUGCAGUGGUACACGAACAUAUAAUGACAACGUCUCGGAUCUGAAGGCUGCUAUCGCAGCAAAUCACAAGGGUGCACAGCUGCUAGAGGCUCUGGUGGCUGAGAAUACUUUAGAAGUGGUUCACUUCUACAUGGACGCAAUCAAACGCAAUGCUGAGGUUGCUGUCCGUGAGCUUCUCAAGUCUAUUGGCCGCAAGAACCCAGGGAAGCCUCUUCGAUCCUCUGAUUUCAUGGAUGAUGGUACAAAUAUCAAAUUGGAAAUCUGUAUUGAUUCUGAGACUGGGUCUGCCGAUUUUGAUUUCACAGGAACUGGUCAAGAGACUUUCAACUACAUUCCGCUCAACCAGGGUUGUCUCGCUCCCGUCAAUGUGAUCAUUCCAUCAGGUACCCUGCUGAACCCAUCUGGUCAUGCGGCCGUCUGUGCUGGCAACCCAAUCACCUCGCAGCGCAUUACGGACGUUGUGCUUGGUGCUUUCCAUGCUUGCGCUGCAUCUCAGGGCUACUGCAAUAUCAUAUCCUUUGGCAUGGGAGGCGUCGAUCCCAAGACUGGUAUUGAAGCACCAGGUUUCGGUGUUGGCGAGACCAUCUGUGGUGGAUCAGGUGCUGGACCAUCUUGGAAUGGCACUUCAGGUGUCCAUGUCCACAUGACAAACACACAAAUCACAGAUGCAGAGGUCUACGAGUUGCGGUAUCUUGUUAUUCUGCGCAGGUUUGAGAUUCGGAAUGGGUCUGGUGGAAAGGGUCGUUUCCGUGGUGGAGAUGGUAUUGUCCGCGAGCUGGAGUUUCGCAUGCCUCUUUCGGUUUCUAUGCUCAGUGAGCGGCGGGUUUAUCGGCCGUAUGGACUGGAGGGUGGUGAGUCGGGUCAGGCAGGUUUGAACCUGUAUGUGAAGAAAGAGCUUGAUGGAACAAAGAGAACGAUCAAUAUCGGUGGUAAGAUGGAGCUUCAAGCGCAGCCAGAAGAGCGGAUUCUUAUCCCCACCCCUGGAGGUGGUGGCUGGGGAUACAUUUCCGAUGAAGAGACAGUGGCCAGUGCCAGGAUUGGAAAUAGAAGCCCAACGAGCUUCCAACCACGAGGAAGUGUACACGCAUUCACUGCCACUGCUGAAUCGGCUAUGUGA